CCAAGAUUUUUUUAUUAUCAACAGUUCCUCACCCCUUGCCCCUUUCUCUCUCUCCCUCUCUCACAGAAACAACCACCACUAAAAAUAAACCUUCCUCCACCUCCACCACCGCCGCCACCGCCACCGCCACCACCACCAAAAAUAAAAAACUAACCUUUUUCUUUUCAGCUGCCUCUCUUUGUUCACUUGCUCUUGUUGAUAGCCCAAAAAAUGAUGUAUAAUUCCCAAACACAUAUAAAACAGUAGCAUAGUGAGAAAGGGUUCAAACUUGAAAUUGAAUUGAAUUUUGAUGGAGUGUGAUGAUAUCUCUAACCUAAAUAGCUAGCUAGCUAGAAGCAGCAGAAGCAGCAGCAAACCCAUCCAUCAUCACAAGAAAUUAAAAAAGCUUAGCUUUUAAAACUUUGUUUGUUAUUUUAAUAUUAUCUUGUUUUAAUUUUCGUUGUUGUUGUUAGGACCCUAGAUGUUAGAGCCAUGGACAUAGCAGCACAAACAACAAUCAACAACAACAACAUCAACAAUAGUAGCACUACUCCAACAAAAUCAUCACCACCAACUGAAGAACAUGAAACUGAAACACCAACUAGGAUUAUUCAAAACACUACUACUACUACUACUGCUACAACCAUACCCAACACACCAACACCAUCAAAGGCUUUAACUUUCUCAAAUGGGGUCCUAAAACGCCACCACCCUCACCACAUCUCCGCCGCCAACCACCACCACCAACUCGUUGUAUACAAGGAAUGCUUGAAGAACCACGCCGCCGCUCUCGGCGGCCACGCGCUCGACGGCUGUGGGGAGUUCAUGCCCGCACCCACCGCCACCGCCGGAGACCCUACAUCCAUCAAGUGCGCCGCCUGCGGCUGCCACAGGAACUUCCACCGCCGUGAGCCAGAGGACCCGCUUAUCUCCUCUGCCUUCGAGUUUCAUUCACAAAACCGCCACCAUCCUCCUCCACCGCCUCCUCCACCGCCUCACCGAAGCCCUAACUCUGCGUCUCCGCCGCCGAUCUCCUCCGCUUACUAUCACCACCCGUCCGCAGCACCUCACAUGCUACUUGCCCUCUCCGGCGCUGGCAUCGCCGUGCCGCCGGAGAGCACCGCGGCACCAAUUUCCGCCGCCGCAGCUUUAGCGUCUCCGAGGAAGAGGUUCAGGACGAAGUUCAGCCAGGAGCAGAAGGAGAAGAUGCACAAGUUCGCAGAGCGUGUCGGGUGGAAGAUGCAGAAGAGAGACGAUGAUUUGGUUCAUGAGUUCUGCAGCGAAGUUGGCGUUGAUCGUGGUGUUCUCAAAGUUUGGAUGCAUAACAACAAGAACAAUCUCGCGAAGAAAGAGAGUAAUGGCGCUGCUGUUACCACUAUUAACGGUGGUGUUGGUGUUCUUGGAAGUGGUGGUGGUAGCAGAAGCAUUAUUAUGGAGGAAGAUCCUAAUAACAACAACAACAACAACAAUGGUAAUGGUGUUGGUGUUGGUGUUAAUGGCGGUGCUAAUGGUUCUUCUUCUUCUUCUUAAUCCUACUCUUUCUUCAUUUCAUGGCAGCAGAAAGAUGAUCAUAGGAAGAGAGCGAGAGAAUUAAAUAAUAUAUAAUAUGUUCUUAGAGGUAGAUUAAGGAUAUAUUAAUGGCACGGUACCUUAAUUAAUUGCUAGUUCUAUUUUUGCCCCUUGUCUAUCUUUUGUUAUUAAUUGUUUAGUUAUAUAUUAAUGAUGAAUGAUGCUAUAUGUUAAUUUAAUUGAUGCAUGUAGAUAGUAUGUGUUUAUUAAUUUGAAGGAAUUAGGAGAAUGGAGAAAAUGAAAGUGUUUGCUGGGAAUUCUGCUUAGUAAUAAUGAUUUUUGUGUUGAUGUCCGAGAGAAAGAGGCAGAAAGUGUUGGUGUUUUGAAGGCUUUAUUAUGUGUUACUCUUGUUAUUUCAUAUGGGUCUACACUAUUCCCUCCUUAUGGUCCCA